UCCUUAUAUUUCUAAUCUCCAUAAGGGAGACUCUCCAUAACAAUAACAUUACCUAAUACAUCAUCGAUAUUUAUUUUGCUGUUAAAAAUUUCCAAUUUAUUCUCAUAUAAGAUGUGGACUGCAAUCUCACGCUUCACUUUACAAAGCCCGAAACUCACAGUGAAAGCCGCACAAACUAACCAAGUGAGAUGUUUCUGGGAAUAUGUUAAUAUGAUGUUCAAUAAGCCGGACGCAGAGCGUAUAAAACUAGUUGGCCCUGACCGUGCGUGCGCAGAGUGGGUGCUGCGGAACGGUGGCAGCGUCGAGUGGGUUGGAGGGCAGAAGCUUGCAGACUACAACUUGCUGCCAGCUAAUGACCGACCUGUCCCAAAACUGGCAGUCAUUGAUGGCACAGAUUCAUCAAUAUCACAUUAUGGUUUCGCUCAUUUAAUUGGAUGCACUAAAUUGUAUAAAAUUAUACUUCACAAAAGUUCAUACAUCGAUGACAGAGCAUUGAAAGGUUUGUCACAUGGCAAAGACUCUCUAACCCAAGUACAAGUCUCAGAUAUUGAUGAUGUCAGUGAUGCUGGUGUUAAGAAUUUAAAAGAUUGCCACAAACUACAAAAUAUAGUGCUGUUUAACUUGAAAAAUGUAAAUGACAUGGAAGAAUGCAUACAGUACUUGGCAUCACAGUUACCUAACUGUAAAAUACAAGGAGCAGCUGUAACCAAAGAGAAACCAUCAUAGAUGGAAUGUUUUGCAGUGAAACAGAACACACCAAUACAAUACAAGACAGAAAUAUAUUAAUAAAAUAAUAUUAAAUUAUA